UUUAAUUCGAGCAAACGGUUUGAAUGCACAUUUUGAAAAAAAAACUUUCCAGACAUGCUUUCCUCCUGCACACAAGACGGCUAACUGACCCCUGAAUGUGGUCUGUUUUGUUAUAAUGGACAGAGAUUCGCUUAUUCGAUUUUAUUUUGACUUGAAUAUGCCUUAUGAUGACAUUGUAUCUUCGCUUGCACAGCAAGGCAUCUCAAUCAGCAAACGGCAGCUGAAGCGGUUUCUUCGGGUCAGUGAUCUCUAUCGACGGCGGUAUGACAAUAUAGAAGAGGUCAUUGAUUUUAUAAUUGAUCAACUGCAAGGUUCUGGUAGAAUGCAUGGGUACCGGUGGAUGUACACUAAGUGUGUCAGAAGAGGCAUACGGGUCAGGAAAGAAGAUGUGAGGAUUCUUUUGGCUCUUCUCGACCCCGUAAGCUCUCAAGCUCGCCAAAGACGUCGUCUUAGUCGAAGACUGUAUUUCUCUGAGGGUCCUAAUUUCAUAUGGCAUGUUGAUUCAUACGACAAACUCAAACCAUAUGGGAUAUGCAUUAAUGGAUGUAUCGAUGGAUUCUCUCGAAGGAUUAUUUGGUUGAAGGCAUCCUAUACCAACAGCAACUCCAAAGUUAUUGGAGGAUUUUUUGUGGAGGCAAUAGAGCGUUUUGGAGGUUGCCCGCGGCUUGUACGCGCGGAUAUGGGCACAGAGAACGUGACAAUAAAGGAUAUCCAGAUGUAUCUGCGGCGAAACAAUGAGGAUGACAGAGCUGGUAAUGCAAGCUACAUCACAGGAACAAGCACAGCAAACCAACGAAUUGAGAGCUGGUGGGGACAGAUGCGGAAGGCGGGCGUAGAGCACUGGAUCCAACUGUUCGGGGAACUUAAGGAUGAAGGACUGUUCAGCGGGGAUUUCUUGGACAAAGCUCUGGUGCAGUUUUGCUUUAUGGCAAUAAUUCAGGAAGAGCUCGACCAGAUUUCUGAUGUUUGGAAUGCCCACCGUAUUCGACCUUCCAGAAACACAAAUGUACCAAGUGGGAUUCCUAAUGUCAUGCACCUUGCACCACAUCUGUGGAAUACUGAAGACCUUCUUGUUCCAGUUUGUGAAGAUGAACUGGUCACUUGCAAAGAAUGUUGCCAGUUUUUGACCUCAGUUACAUGUGAUGGAGACGUGUUUGACCUGUGUUCCUUAUUUUUAGAGGACUCAAGAUUAGCUUUUCCAGUCACGGAAUCACAAGCACUGGACUUGUAUUUGUCUUUGAAGGACUGGGUACAUGCCCAAUUACAAGAUCCAUAACUUCCAUAUCGUGUUAGUAAAGAUCAGUAGAUCCUAUAACA